AUGACAAAGUUGCUGAUUGUGCUAUUUGGAUUAUGCGCCGUGGUGAAUGCCGUUUCACCCUGCGCUUUAAACGAAUGGAACGCUUUUAAAUUGCAGUAUUCGAAGCAAUAUCAAAAUGAAACUGAAGAGAACUAUCGUAUGGAAGUGUUUUCGGAGAACAAACGAACAAUCAAUGAGCACAAUGAUCUCUACGCGAAAGGACUUGUUUCGUACAAAAUGGACAUAAAUCAAUACAGUGAUUUGACGUCUGAAGAAUUUGUGCGCCGAAUGAAUGGAGUUAAACCUCCUGAUAUGUUGCAAUCAGUACAAGGAGCGGAAGCUGAAGAGCGUGAUUACUUUGUGGGUUCGGUUAAUUUUCACCUACCGAAAAUGAUUGACUGGCGUAAAGUCGGUGCUGUGUCUGAAGUUAAAGAUCAAAAAGACUGCGGUUCGUGUUGGGCAUUUGCAGCGACAUCAGCCAUCGAAAGUCAGCAAUAUUUGAAGAAAAAUGGCCCAUUGCAACCGUUAUCAGUUCAAAAUCUCAUUGACUGCGCUUCGAUUUCUUUAUUCGAACUAGAAUAUAUGAAUACUGGUUGCGAUGGUGGCAUUGUAGAUGAAGCGUACAAAUAUGUCAAAGACCACGGUAUCGACACUGAGAAAUCGUAUCCGUACCGCGCAUCUAAUGGCUUUUGUAAACAUAGUUUUCAUAAAAAUCAUGUUUUCAUUCGCGGUUUCAAAGACAUCCCAAGAGGCAAUGAGCUGAAAUUGCAAGAAGCAAUCGCCACAGUUGGUCCAAUUUCCGUUGCUGUUGAUGCUUCGCAAAUGUCAUUUCAACAUUACAAAAGUGGUAUUUAUAACGAAACCAACUGCAGUUCAGACACCUACGAUCACAGCGCUCUGAUCGUUGGCUAUGGAACGGACGAGAACGGUGCUGAUUAUUACAUUGUGAAAAAUUGUUGGGGCAGAGAUUGGGGCGAAGAUGGUUAUAUUCGAAUGCCUCGCAAUCAAAACAACCAUUGCUCUAUCGCAUCAUAUGCCAAUUACCCCGUUGUUUAGAUGUUUUGAUUUAAAUCGUUGUAGAUUAAUCAAUUUUUGUCAUUAAAUUAGAUAGAUUACGCGUUGAUUUGACGCAUUGUAUAUUUAUUGUUUCUUUCAAAUAA